AUGAAGACUAUUCAGAGGUUCCCUCAUUAUAAAGUAUUGCGUGGAGCCCGAAGGACUCUGCCUCUACGAAUUGGUGUUAAGGAAUGUGGUGGUUUGCUCGACCAUUUAGCCGAAGAACUUGUGACAAGCCUUCCGCAACUGAAAGAGCUUUUCAAUGAUGGCAACCCAGGGUUGAAUCAUGCAUUGGUGAACGACUAUGAAAGAGGCUGUGGAGGUAUCAUGCCGCAUACAGAUGGUCCGGCAUACUAUCCUGUCGUUAUGAUCAUCUCUCUCGGUAGCGCAACCGUUGUGCAGUUUGGCAAGUCGGCUGAUGACCAGAAGGCGCAGGUUCUACUCCCAGCGAGGUCGCUUUUGAUUUUUAAUGACGAGGCGUACCAUGAAUAUCUUCAUUCGAUACCUUUCAAUGAUACCUCAAUAGAUGCCCAAUGGGCAGAUGGACGAGACUUGGGCGACUCGAUCGUGACAGACGGAGUCCUACAUAGAGGCGGUCGCCUCUCUAUCACUCUCCGACGUGCUUUGGUGCCAUUUGAGCAGUUGGCUCGUACCGAAUAG